ACACUGUUAAUCCAGCCAGGGUACUGUGCCUGUGUGUGCACGGCUGUACUUUUGCGGUCUGAUGAAUUCUCAACGGAUGACAGGGCACGUCGCAUUUUAAAAGCAGCAACUUACUCUUUGGAAUUAUAGGCACUGUGAACAUUGGAGCCAGUGGUUCAGAAGUGGGACUCUGCAGGACUCUGCUGAGCCGACUGAGUAUGAAGUCCCAUUCAGGCACCGUGAGCAUGCUGCUGCCUCUUGCUUUUUACCUCAGUUUGGUCCCUGUGUGUCUGGGUGCUGCCAUUCCUGUUUCGUGUGACUCCAUCUACAAGAGCUUUGCUCAGUGUCUGCUCACGCUUGGGGACAGUUUAGUGGAAACACAAAAAGACCAGAGCACGCAGGACAUUGAUGCCAUCUGCAGGUCCUGGAAUGCGUUCCAUGUUUGUGCCAACUCGGCGCUGGCCGGCUGUCCUGGAGAUGCUACCGCUGUAUGGGAGUCUCUGAGGCAAGAGUCCAGGAAGACGCAGUUUUCCGGAAACCUCUACGACAUGUGUGCCAGCCGCACCACCCUGCCACCCAGCACUGUGCCUGCACCUCAAAGCCCCCCCACCUCCGACCAGACCAACCAGGAAACACUGAAAGGGCACACGCACAAGCACAGCGCCACCCUCAACAUGCUGUUUCUCCCAGUAUGCAGCACACUACUUGUCCUGCUCAGGAUGUAGCUAUCUGAUCUUUUAGUCCUAGAGUCGGAAAGUUGACUCCCGAUCCCCCUCCAUGCACAAACAGUUGUGAUUAUGUAUCAAUACUAAAAUACGGACUUCAUAAACUGAAACAAAAUGACAGUCUGGUUUAGUUCUUCUGAGGUGGAUAAGGUGGUUUAUCUUAUCUUAUCUUAUCUUAUCUUAUUCAGCAUUAACUUGAUUCCAAGAGAUGGAAAGAAACAAAGUAAAAUCACUCAAGUAAUAUGCAGUUUUGAGAUAUUGGCACUUUACUGCAGUAGUUUCAAGUUUUAAGACUUGCCACUUUUUGCUGCACUACAUUUCAGAUUGAAAUCUUGUACUUUUUACUGCACCACACUUAUUUGACAGCUGUAGUCACUUUGCAGAAUGAGCUUUUUAAGGCAAAACAUAAAAUGUGAUGCAGUGAUAGAGCGCAAACUAGCCAACAGUAUAAGGAGCAGUUUAAAUAAAUAGGUGUGGACUCGAAUCACAUGACUUGGACUUCAUUUGGACUCAAAUCACAAAUUUGAUGACUUUAGACUUGACUUGACAAAAUCAAGAUAGACUAGCAACUCAGCGUCUCAACUCAUGGUUCUUUCGAGUGACUUCACUUGGACUUGAGCCCUUUGACUCUGAAAGAGUCGAUCGUCCCCAAAGCUAAAGUUUAAAAAUGAUGCAAUUAACCGGCGUUUGCAGGCUCCCUGAUGGUAUAACGAAAACUAUGGAAGUUAUCCUUGACCUCUCAUAGUAAACAUGACUUUAACUCAGCUCGUCCCAGGUUCACACUGAGCCACAGCUAGUCAGUUGUAUGUGCAUGUCAGUUGUGUGUGCAUGCGUGCAGGUGUGUGUGUGUUGGGGAGAACAGGGCAGAGCAGUGUGUGUGUGUGUGUGUGCACAAGAUGAAGGGAAAAGCACAAGAAGCAGGCACUGCCAUUCUAAAUACAGAGGUGCCUUGGCAUUUCAGGACCUUUUUUAUGCUCAAAUGGAUGAACAGUUAAGAUAAGCUGAAAUGGGGUAUACUGCACCAUAGAGCACAUGCAAUUAUUUGCAUACAACACAGACAGAGACAAAUAAAUAAAUGAUUUAUAUUAUUCAAUUAAAAUUGCCAAAGAGCACUGUUAUAACUUGUAAAUGUACUCAAACAAAGUUUAAGACUUGGAUUGAUUUGGACUUGCCAGUCUUGACUUAUGACUUGACCCAGGACUUUCCUGUCUUGACUUGUUACUCUCUCGGGACGGUCCCGCCUGUAUUAAAAGACUUGGAUACAUUAAUAAUUUAGUUAUUUAGUAAUUUAUAACUCUGAAUGGAACCAUUCUUCACAGUGACUACUCUUACUUGUCCUACUUACGUAUUACAUUUUACUGCUUCUUUUACACAUUUACUAAAGUAACAGUUUGAAUGCAGGACUUUUACUUUUCUUCCAUCAUGGUAUUGCUCCCUUAACCUAUGUAAAGGAUUUGAGUACUUUAUUCCAACACUGCUUGAUUCUUGCUGUUAUUAUCAUUUUAUAUGUCUUGCCCUCAGAGGGAUCAAAGAGUGUGGCACAGCUUUCUGAUGCUGACAACUUGUGGUCUGUAAUGAAGACGCUGAUUUUGCUCUGCCUUGAGCAAACUGGUGUCAUGUCCUCAUGUGAAGUCUAGACAUCAACAGCUGCUGUUUGAAUGAAUUCACAUUAUUUACUAAUCAUUUGAUCAUAUGAUUUCAGGUAGUAUUGGGAUGUGAUUAGUGCACAAAAUGGUCCUUUGGCUCAAACAAUAGAUGCCACUUGCUAGAGCUAGACAUCGUUUGUGAAAUGUUUUUUAUUACUAGUACUACACCAGCAAUAUCAGGUGAUAUUAGAGCAAGAGAGAGGUACCAGACACAUUUUCAUGCCAGGUGUUCAGAUCUGCUGGUGAUCCAAUCAGGUACGAUCUGGAUACAGGUUUUAUAACAGGCUAUAAAACAGUGUUUUGUGCAGGUUUCCAAAGGAAGUUUAAUUCCUCACCCUGCAUAAAUGGGUUUAGUGUGAGAAAAUUAGAUUUUUGUGUGGAAGCAUCUUCCACAGCGUUUGCAUGUCGCUAAAAUGUUGUUUCCCACUCCGCAUAAUUUCAUAUUAGACUACUCUUUCCAACAACGCACCACCCUCUUAAAGCGCUUAUUCUGUUUUUUCUUAUUAUAAAACACUGGUUGAGGUGUCAUCCUCAUAACUCAUAACUGUUUUGUCGCUGUAAUGUUAUUUUGUCAGGAUUAUCUUUGAUGCUGAAUCGCAAGCGCUAUAUUUCAUUCAAGUCACAAAGGCAUCCAUUAUUUUUGGUUGCACAGUGUUGCAGAAUCCCACGAGCCCACUUUUUCAAUCUGAUUUCUAACCCAACAAAAGUCUCAUAAAUCGGCACAGGUUAAAUGGCAUUAAAACGUAUGUUGAUAUAGUCACACUGCAGUUAUUUCCUUUAAGUAUGAAUAAUCUCUUCUGUCUUUAUUAAUCCAGUGUACCAGGUCACACCCCCAAACUUUGUUAGGCUUACAAGAAGGAAGAGAACUAAAAAGUGCUGGUGUGGCUUGUUGUCAUGGAGUAUGAUAUGAACAUUAUAUGAACUGACAUUACAUAACACAAGAGGGAAUUAACUUAUGGAUCCAUCCAUGUAUGGAUGCUGGAUUUAAAGAAUUAGUGCUGCAGUGGCUGAAAAAAAUAUAAAUGCGGGCCAUUAUUCUGGUGAAAAGAUAAUUUUAGAAAAGGAGAAAAAUACUGCAUACUCAGAAAACAGCAGUGUAAAAAACAUUUUAAUGGUUAUAGCAUCAUUUCGGCCAUGAGGCGUUUUACUGAGGUGACAGUUCCAUAGCUCCAUAUUGAAAACACCCAAAAUAUUACCUACUGUUGCUUCUU